CGAAAGGGGCACCAAUGCCGCCUCGCAGCCCAGCUCGUUGUCGUUUCUAACAGACAAAUUAGGCAACAGCACCGCCGCCACGGCCUCUAACCUCAGAAGCUUCAUUUCGAAUCGCCUGCCUUCCACUCUGCCUGACACAGGUGCCUGAGAGAGAAAGAAAGAAGUUUUUGCCAGGCCGAGAAGGGGGUGGAAAGAAAGCAAGCGCAUCAGGACCGACUCGCGCGACAGACAGCCCUUCUAGCAAAAUGGCGCGCCAGAUACCGAUCAUCAACAUGGAGUGGAACGAGUUCAAGGAAGUGGCAUGGGCCAAAAUCCAGGAGCCGGCCAACCAGCGUCGGAUCAUCCUGGUGAUCGUGUCGAUCGCGUUGCUACUGGACAACAUGCUGUACAUGGUGAUCGUGCCCAUCAUCCCAGACUACCUGCGCUACACGGGCGCGUUCGGAACGCCAGCGCCCGUGUUGGACGUUAACGGCACGCUGGUACCUGGGCACGGACACGAGGGCCAGGACCAGGCGACAGGCAUCCUUUUCGCCUCCAAGGCGAUCGUGCAGCUGAUGGUGAACCCUUUUUCGGGGGCCCUGAUCGACCGAAUCGGCUACGACAUCCCCAUGAUGAUAGGUCUGACCAUCAUGUUCUUCAGCACGGCGGUGUUCGCGUGCGGCCGCAGCUACGGCACCCUUUUCUUCGCGCGCAGCCUGCAGGGGGUGGGCUCAGCGUUCGCAGACACCGCCGGACUCGCCAUGAUCGCCGACCGCUUCACCGAGGAGGCCGAACGCUCCAAGGCCCUCGGCAUAGCACUCGCCUUCAUCUCGUUCGGCUGCCUGGUGGCGCCGCCGUUCGGCGGCGCGCUCUACCAGUUCGCCGGCAAGGAGAUGCCGUUCCUCAUCCUGGCGUUCGUCUCGCUGGCCGACGGCUUCGGCCUGCUGCUGGUCAUGAAGCCGAUCAAGGAGCAGCUGCGGGACAGCGAGCGGAACAGGCAGCAGUCGACCAUCCCCAUCUGGCGGCUGUUCAUCGAUCCUUACAUCGCCGUGUGCGCCGGCGCCCUCAUGAUGUCCAACGUGGCGCUCGCCUUCCUCGAGCCCACCAUCUCGCUGUGGAUGGAGGACAACAUGACGCAGGAGAACUGGAAGAUCGGCAUGAUCUGGCUGCCGGCCUUCUUCCCGCACGUCAUCGGCGUCAUCAUCACGGUCAAGAUGGCCAGGCAGUACCCGCAGUACCAGUGGUUGAUGGCCUCCAUCGGCCUGGUGAUGGAGGGUCUGUGCUGCUUCAUCAUCCCGUUCAGCACGUCGUACGUCAUGCUGAUGAUUCCCAUCUGCGGCAUCUGCUUCGGCAUCGCGCUGAUCGACACGGCGCUGCUGCCCACGCUCGGCUACCUGGUCGACGUGCGCUACGUCUCCGUCUACGGCAGCAUCUACGCCAUCGCCGACAUCUCGUACUCGCUGGCGUACGCGGUCGGGCCCAUCAUCGCCGGCAGCGUCGUCGAGGCGAUCGGCUUCACGGCGCUCAACAUGGGCAUCGCGUUCGCCAAUUUGCUCUACGCACCGGUGCUGCUCUACCUGAAGGACAUCUACGACUUCAAGCCCUUCCAGAGCGAGGCCAACAUUCUCAUGGCCGACCCACCGGACAAGAAGUAUCAGACCUACGUCAUGCAGGACAGCGUCGUGUCGGCAAACCCCGCCGAAAUCGGCGGAGCCGCCGGCGAGGUCACCAACCACCUCGAGUAUUCGAAGUACCAGGAGACAAACGUGGACAACAACAGCGCGGCGUACGACAACUACCAGCAGGGCUACCAACAACAGUACGUCCCUCCGCCCCCACAGCAGCAGCAGCGGCCUCCGCCACCUCAACAACCGCAGCCGCAGUCGGCCAGGGACACGAAUCCAUUCAGAACUGGGGUAAGUGAGCAGCCACCGCCGCUAGAUUCGGCCAGUAAAAAUCCCUUCAGACAGGGUUUCAACUACUAAGCCAGGUCGACGACGAGAUUAAUAAAAAAAAAAUGAUUUUUAUACGGCCGCCUGCCGAUUGCUGGCGAGUUUUGUGUUUCUGUCACGUCUGAGUGUAUGAGUGUGACCUUCUCUAACUCACAACCUUGUCUCAUCCUAGUUCUUUUCGGAAGAAACUGAUUUUAAAUAAUUAGAGUCAUACGAAUGUUACACGGAGAUGGGUAAUAAAUUUAAAAAUACAGCACUGCCAUUAUUGACAUGCAGAGGAUAGUUAUUAUUGAGAAAAGAAUGAGCAGUGCUCGCAACCGGUUAAAUUCUAGUUAAAUUUUCGAUUCACACCGUUCUGUUGGCCUAUUAUUAUUGUAAAAUUAUUUAUGGAUGUUAUACUGUAGGGCUCCUAGUCGCACAGGUUAUCUACUUAGCGCACGUAAAUGCAUAAUAUAAAGUGUUACUGAACGAUCGAUCUAUUUUCAAUUGUUAUAAUUCUGUGAUAAUAAUGUUCUGGCAGAGGGAUUUCGAAGGUUUGUUCAUUACGAGCGAUGCCAGAUAGAUAUUUGAGGGAGGUGUGUAAAAUCAACUAACCUGUCUUCGGUUUCAAAACCGUCAAAGAAACAACCAAGAUCAUAAACAUAUCAAGCAUCCACGUCAAGUGGUGCGACCGUAGAUUUAACUAAUGUAUAAAAGUGAAGCGCGGGGAGCCUCUCCGCCUUCACGUGCGCGUAACAUGAAUUUUGAUUGAAAAUUACUAGAGACUGUAAAUUAGUGUUAGACGUGUGCAUGUCUGACUGAUUGCGAGUCCGACGACCAAAACGGAAAUAUAUACGAGUCCAAGGAGGAAUGCGUGCGAAUGCGAAUGCCCUGUGUCGUCUAACUCAUCGUAGAAUGCCUAAAUUAUAUCGCGCAUUAUAAUAGUAGAAAAGCUGUUGAAGUGUUCGUCUGAAUUGUAAUUAAAACUAUAACCGUUGAUUAAGUGAGUGCGAGAAUGUUACGAAAAUCGCACUGUUAUUCAAUUAAGCAUCAAUACGAAAAAAAGAGCGAGCGAGUGAGCGUAGGAAGCUGUCUGUUAUCAAAAUCUUUAGUCACGUUAAUCUCUUUAACAAUUUUGCAAGUGUCUUAAACAGAAUAUUACGACGACCUAUAAUUAUAUCGCAGCAAAAAUGCUUCUGUUUGUUUCUCACACAUUGUUUUAUAAUUUCCAUUUAGGUGUGAGCGAGUGUGAAUGCUACAUUUAAUGAACAAAAUACAAAUUGUGUUGGCGUCGACAUUUUUCACGAAUCAGCGUCUUUUGAGAAAAAAAAAUCAGAAUUUUUGCUUUGAAUGUGAAAUUCUCUAACGUGGUUGGAAACAAUGUCUUUGCCAAAACGUAUACUCUCCUAAUCUACAUGUCUAAACGCACUGUAACCGAAUUACAAGAAAAAGAAAGUUACUGUAUGUAUAAUUUGUAGCGGAUAAUCGCUGUAACGAGAAUUCCAACGGAGAGCAUAUCAAAUAAUGUAAAACUAUCGCGGAGGUAUCAAAAGACGAAAUUUGCUCAGUGUGCAGUGAAGAUAAUUAUUGUUAUUGUUGCAAGCAUACUAUACAUACAUAUUAUAAACACAAACACACUCACACGCAGGAGGUAAACCCAGACACGAUUCCUUUGCAAUUUGUUAGUUUGAACAGAAGAGGCGGGAGUUUGUGUAAAUAUAAAAGAGUAAAAAUAAAUCUCCCGGGAAAUCGGAUGCUGCGCCUUGGUUUUUGGUUCAAGAUAAAAAAUAAAUAAAAAGUAGUCUGUCACACACUCGAAAGCAAUAAACAGAUUAUGUAUCUGGGCGAUUAGAGCAAAUUUGAUUAAAUGAGAGAGGAUGCUGCGCGCGAGCAAGAAGGGCGUGAGGCGAAUACAAAACACAUCGUGAAUGAGGGAGGGAUCCGUUGUAGACGAGUCGAUAAACAAAAAGCAAAAUAAACAUGUAUAUGUAAAUAAACGAGAGGAAAAAACGAAA